GUGAAUUUGGUCGCGAUGGAGACUGUGUCCCUGGAGCACCAGAUCCAGAGCGUGCAGCGGCACAUCGCUUUCCUGAAGAAGGAGCAGAUGGAGCUGCUCCAUGACCUGCACCUGGAGAUCCUCCGCUUGCAGAAGCACUGCUCAGAGCUUACCCAUGACCUGGAAAUAAAAGAGUUGGAAGCUCGGCAGCAAGAUGUGCUGGACCGGGAGCUGGAGGAGAAGUGCCGGGCGAUGGAGGCCCAGCUGCAGGAGAAAGAGAAGGACAACCUGGAGCUGCGCAAGGAGCUGCAGCACAAGGAGGCGCUGGUGGCCGCGCUGCGGUGCAGCCUCCGCAACAAGGAGCGCCGGUUCCUGGAGGAGCUGAAGCGGCGGAGCCACCGCGUCACCAUCCUCGACACGGAGCUGCAGAAGCAGACGGAGGCGGCCGCUUACCUGUCGCUGCAGCUGCACGCCACGGCCCAGCGCCUGCCGGGCCCCCGGGCCGGGGGGCGGCCGACCCGCGAGCAGCCCCCCACCGGCGCCCCGGCUGAGGCCAGGCCCCGGCGCCGCAGCCACCGCGCUCACCCCCGGCGCCCGCCCGGGGACGGCGCCCGCCACAGGGACCCCACGCGGGAGGAGCACGACGCCAUGCCUGACCCGGCCCUCUUCCUCUACACGGCGCGGCCGCACGCCCCACAGCACCCGCCGCCGGAGCCCCCCGGCCAGGCCCGCGGCACGGCCAGCACCGCCACAGCCCCCGGGGCACAGAGGCCCCCUCAGCAGCCCGGGCGGGAGCCGGCGGCCAGGGCCAGGUCGGCCAAGGGCGAGCCCGGCAAGAGGCAGAGCUCUGGCCCCCGCGGCGCCCCCCGGGCCCAGGAGUAG